UCUGCUGACGGGCCCAGCUGGUGCGUGAUCCGUCUUCACGAUAUAAAAGCCAAUACUGCACGUUGUCUGUAUUUUUGUUCGGUACACACAUCCGUACGUUGUGUUAUCUGUAGGAGUUGACAAGUCAUUUCGUUGUACCGAAAAUUUCCCUUAUUUAAGCCGUUUUCCCUUCGUUUGCAACUGAUAAUUUUGCGUCGGCCACCUAGGGCAGCUUUUAGUGCUUACUGCUGUGUAGUGUUUUAUACGGCAUUACUAGAGGAGAGGACAUUUUCGUAUUGUUAGGGCUAUUACUUAGUCUAACCGGUGAGGUCACCCCUACGUCGUUGUAUUUUUACGACCGGCCGAAACCGACUUCGUAAUCCCUCCACCGUCUCUGAAGAAACAAAAUACAGUCAUUCUGACUCACGCGACUAUUUCCAUUCCAAGUCGGGUCCUGGUUAACACGGGAGCCGAUUUUCGUCUCUGCUGAUAACAAAACCCAGGGCGACAUUUCUCGGAUUAGCACCCUGACGGAGCCUUGGUCAGGAGUUGACCCCGCCGCUUGCAUGAAUUGUGUGUACCAAUCCACGGAGUUUACCAGGUCUUCGGACGAUUACCCGGGUUCAGACUCUGUAAGAGUCCCAGGCAGCAUGAUGGACGGACCAAGCCAACAGGUGAUGCAGAAUGGCGUCAUGGCAGGCAAAGCCAACAACAACAAUAACAACGAGGAGAGCAAGACCAAUCUGAUAGUCAACUACCUGCCUCAACAUACCUCCCAGGAAGAGAUGCGAUCGCUCUUUGGAAAGUUUGGAGAGAUUGAGUCCUGUAAACUCGUCAAGGAUAAGAUCACAGGUCAAAGUUUGGGCUAUGGUUUUGUUAACUACAUGAAGCCUGCUGAUGCCUCCAAGGCGCUCACCAUGCUGAAUGGACUCCGUUUGGCAUCCAAGAUGAUCAAGGUUUCCUAUGCCAGACCAAGCAGCCAGGCCAUCAAAGAUGCUAACCUGUACAUCAGUGGAAUCCCUAAGAACUACAAACAGGAGGAUCUAGACAAACUCUUUGCUCCUUACGGCCACAUCAUUACUUCCAGACUCCUCUAUGAUCAAGACUCCAGCACAACCGGGCGUUCCCGUGGGGUCGGCUUUGUGCGUUUUGACAAACGUGUGGAGGCAGAGCGGGCCAUUGAAGCCCUCCAUGACAAAGCUCCUGAGCAAGGCUCGGACCCACUGAUUGUUAAGUUUGCCAACAACCCAAGUCAGAACUUCCAUAAGGUGCUGCAGCAGGCCUACAUGACGUGUAUGUCACCCCAGCGUCAGCGUGUCAUGCCCAUUGGAUCUGUAGGACCCAUGCGCCACAUGCCGCCGUGUUUCAGGUGGCAACAUUUAAGCGACAAGAUGCAGGGACUGCUAGGCAAGAUUUUGCCCAAAAACAGCAUGUAUUCACCAAUGACAAUGGCCCAGCAGCAUUCUUGCAAUGACGUGCUUAACUCCAUGAAUCUCCAAGCGAUGACUAACAACGGCAAUGGCUGGUGUUUGUUUGUCUACAACCUUCCUGCCGAGAGUGAAGAAUCUCUCCUGUGGCAGCUCUUUGGGCCGUUCGGAGCUGUCAACAACGUCAAGGUGGUGCGCGACUUUAACACCAACAAGUGCAAGGGUUUCGGCUUCGUGACCAUGCCCAAGUAUGAGGAUGCGCACCGCGCCAUUGAGGCACUCAAUGGCUACUGUCUGGGUCAACGCACUCUUCAGGUGUCUUUCAAAAAGGCCAAGAAUGAGUAAACACGUCGUCACAGACAACCAAAUCCAUCUUUGGAUCACUGAAAAAAAAAGAAAUCUAAGAAAGUCACACAAACGGAUCGAGAGACAGAUUAUCUCAUCCCCUAAAUAAGACAAAUCAAAAUCAGAAGGAAAAAAAAAGAGUGAUUUGGUUGAAGGUUUCUGAAAGAGAAAAAAUCAAGUUUUGUCCUUGAAAAGUUUUUAAAUUGGAGAGACGUGAUAUCUAAGAGGAAUUUGUAUUAGCCCGGUUGUUAUUUUGUUGUGGGCCAAACGUUUUGAACUUUGUUUUUAAAAAGGUUUUGAGUCUUAAUUGGUUAAACCAAUUUUUCUUACAGACAGAAAGAUAAAACUAUUUAAAAAAUUUAAUCAUUUCUUAACAGUUUUCAAUUUGAGAAAAAUCAUUUGUGAACAUGUUUAACGCCUGACUUUUCAAAUUUAAUCAAGUAUUAAAUUUUUGAUCUUAUCUUUUAAUUUUUAUGUUCAUGCCAAUCCAAGUAGUUAUAAUGUAUGCAUGCAUACGAUUAUUGAUUUAGCUCUUCGUAUAAAGAAUUGUGUUGAUUGUAUGGAAUUUAAUUGCAAAAAUAUAGAAAAAACUAUAUUGAAAAGUUAGUUCUAUCAAUUUAUUAGAUAUUGAUUGACAUGAUUUUAUCAUAAGUAUUAACAUUUUGGCUUUUGUGUUUUUGUGUUUAUGUUGUAGUUUAUCAUGUAGUGUUUAUAACUUUACAGUGACCAAGAAAGAUACAAACAGAUCCAGUAAUCUGAACAGCUCACUUUUGAAAGAAUUAUCGUUUGUAGUCUUGAUCUGGAAUUUCGUUCAUCAUUGGUUUUAUGGCAUGACCAGGCAGGUUUUACUCUUAUUUCCAUUUAAGUUAAGAUCCUCACUUUAUCGGAAAAGGACAAAGGUAUGCGAGAGAUUGAAAAUAAUAGAAAACGAAAACAUAACAAAGUGCUGCAAAACCAAAAAUUCACGUGCUUCUGGGAUGAUGCUGAUAUAUAUCCGACAUUUAUGAUCCAUUAAACUGCACCAUAACACCGUGCUGCUUCAUUCAGUUUUUGAGUUAACGAUUUUAAUUAGCUCAGUGAAGGCUUAACCAUGCCAUCUAUUUUUAUAGCAUGUGUAAUUAUGACGUUUUGAUGAUAUGUGUGAAAUGAAUGAUUUGAAUCGAGUGGUGGAUAAAUUAAGUAAGGCAUGUAAACGAGCAUACACUGAGCUAACGUGGAUGUCUUUCCAUGAAAGGGGGGGGGGGGGGGGGCUAGACAGAGAUCAAGGGGAGUUGUCACUUGUCCGCAUGGUCGUGCACUCGUGGGAAAUGGAUAAAAUUUUGAACUGCAAACCAAGCUAAUGUAUUCCAAGCAACCAAUAUUUGGUAUUAAAAAAAAAGUGAAAAUGGUGAUAAGAUGUACUGAGCCGAAGCAUUAUCACACCAGUUAAAAAAAGCGGGAGUUAUUUAUUGCGGCUUAUGUAUAAUGUCAUUGCCCGGCCUAAAUGUCUUGGGUUUUUAAAUUUGGCCAUUUCAUCCUCAUAAGCUAUUUCCGGUGAUGCAUGUACCGUAUAUGUAUAUUUCUGGUCACAAAGUGUAAAUAACAUUAGAUGUUGUGUGAAUACUCGUCCGCAGUUUAUUGUCAAAACAGGGUUCCUGUUUUAGAGAGAAAAGACAAAAAAAUCAGUUGUAUAUUCCUCCCACAGUGGCUGCCAAAGAUAACAGAAAAUGAUAUCGCUUAAAAAAAAGAAGACUUUGGUGGCUGUGUGAAGGGGCUUUAUUUUUGGACUGGCUGUACAGCCAAUGCUUCAGCAUGUAAUGGGUUCAUUCUGUUGAAUAGUUUUGUGACUUUGGUUGAGUUUUGUGGGCAUUGUUUCUAUUGGUUUCUUUCGCUUUUAAGAAAACUUUUGCAAUUUGUGUCGUUUGGAAUCUGCUGAUAUAGUGAUAACAAAAAAAAAAUACCGCAAGUGAUUCAUCUGUGGCCAAAAGGUGCUACGUACUAUGAGCUGUUUAGACUUAAAACUUCUAAUUACGAUUCUUUGCUUUGAAAACAAAUGUGUUUAGUGACAAGUGAUUUUUGUGAUAUUAUGGAAUAUAUUUAAUCCAUUAUAACAUUUUUGCAUGAAUUCUUAUUGUUGCUUCUAUUUUAAUGCUUUUUCGCUCUCUACGUAUAUUAUCAAACAAGAUACCUGUAGUAGCUUUCCAGUUAUGAAUUUUAAACAAUUCAUGUUGGUGAUUUCUGUGAAUGACUUGUGGUUAUUUUGGGGGUUUUCCUCAACAGUUAGUUAUAAUGUGGUAUGUUACCAAGCUUUCUCAAGAAGAUGCACCAAGCUUAGACAAAAAAAAAUGACAUAGAUUUUUUUGUGGAAUACUUUGCCAAGGUUGUAGCAAAAAAAAAAAAACCAAGUAAACAUUUGAUUGAGUUGACUUGUUUCUUUAGAAUGUUGCUUUAGUUGUUUUGGAUUUUUCUUUAGUUUGUUUUGGUGAGCGACAUGGGUCACUUAGAAAAUUACAAAAGCUUGUGCGAUUUUUCUGAUUUUUCUUGAAAAGCGUUUUGGGGUUGGCAUCUUGGCUGGGUGGUGUACUCUAUAUUGUUUCGUUUAUGGGAGUGCUUCAUGUUAACAUUGCACAUAUCAAGACCAAAGACUUACUAAUAAAUGGAGGAGGUUGGGAGUUACUAUGGAGUGACUAUAUAAAGCCUUGUGCCUCAGGCUGUCGUAUUUGGACCUCCAUACUCCCCCUGUAUUUAUCUCAGAUGAGAUCAUCUCACAAUUGUAGAAUCAUCGAGCUUGUAGUAGGUUGGCAUCAAAUGUCACAAAGAGAUAACUAACAGAAUAUCUGUGAACUCUGGGUAAGGUCGGGCUCGGUGUUUUUAUUGUUGAAUAGACAGAUUUGUUCAGUUCUGUUCUAGAUGCAUUUUUCCAGUUUGAAACAUACUUUACACACUCGACAGGAAGCUACAUUACUUCCCAACCUGAGCCCGACCUUGCCCACUGGGCCCAAUCUUGUAAAAAAAAAAAGUGUGCUAAAUAUCUUCCAGAAAAAGAUUUAAAACAAAAUUUCUAUAACUCUUUAUAAGUGAACCUGUGACAAAAGAAAAAGGCCAAGCCAUAUAUACAAGAAAUCAUUGUUCUUGAAUAAUUGUAAAACGUAAGUAAUUAAACAACACACCUGAUCCUAGUGUCGACUGUGAACAGGUACAUCCCGUUAGACAGAUUAGAAUUCUAUGAUAUAUGGGCUCUAUUUUGCAGCCACGGUCUCUGUAUGCAGAAUGUGAAUAAGACUAUUUUCGAUCCCAAGUGCCCAGAUAUUGUAGAAUGGCAAAGUAUUUUCUAUAUACCUUUCUUUCUAUAUUACCAACGGUAGGAAUAAAUGGUACUUAUAAACUGAACUUACUCCAUGAAAUUAUGGAAUGAAAAAAAUGCAGCUUUAUGAACAUUAAGACUAAGGUCUAUAAUAUGCACAAGUAUUUUGUACAGAGUUGUACAUAACAGAGUAUGGAUUUGUACUGUACAAAAAAGAAAGACAAGGUUCCAAGUAGAUAGAUAAACAAAAGAGGAACACCAGGUUGCUGGUUCUUCCAAAACAUGAGAGAGGAUGGGUUCAACUCGCACCAUAAAGAGAGUAGUUUCAUACAAAAGAAAAAUCCAAAAGUUUAUCCAGACUUUGCGCAAGAUAUGAUCUUUGGAAUUGAAAGGAGCUGUGUUCGUGUGUGGUCCGACUUUUAAGAAAAAAAAAUACAGUUCUUUUCAAGCAAAGAUUUAAUCUUGGGAGUCCGGGUUGAGCUUGAGAAAUGUGCAAUCAAAACACUAAACAAAAGAAGAAAAAAAGACCAACUAUUCUUGCUGCUUUCCACAAAAAGAAAUUGGAAAAGGAGGAGUCUAUGCAAGCAUUUCAUCUCAUUCAAAUGUAAUAAAUGUAUCCGCUUUAUAGCUGGUAGUCAUUUCAAGAAAAAUGCUGAAGAAAAAAAAUCUUCGAUUGAGAUAAUGGAGUUGCAGCCUUCCAGAGUAGGUCCCUGUGUAGUGUGCUUAAUGCUUGUGUUAUAACUGUCCUUGAGGUACUAGCCAAGCCAGACUUCAUGGACUAACGUAGAAUCCUAUAGGUACACCUGUCUUUGUUGUGUCUCUCUGUCCUUCCUUCGAAUCCAUUUGAAAUCCUACAAAAACCAACUUCUUCCAGCUUGUCAGCAACUUUCUAUAUUUUGACUUCAUCUUCGGGUUCCCACAUUGUGGAAGACACAUUUUUAACAAAAAAAAUGAUAGAUUUUUAAGGAGUGCACUGGAAAACAAUGCGAUGAUUGGUAGUAGACACAAUUCAUAUAGAAACACCUGUUAAUUGAUUGGGUGGCUUAGGACAAGUGGACACAAUGGACAGACUUGUACCACAACCUGCCUCACUCAUACCAGUUUGUCACAAACAAGGCAGGAAUGAGUUUUUAUACAUACUCAAACUGAUAAUUCCCUGCCAACAUUGUCAAGCUCCAAUCAAAAAACUUUUUUACAAAAGCAGUGUUACUAAGAAGAAAGAAAAAAUGUGUUUUCAGACUCGGGGCAGGAAAUUGACCCUAAAGAAGGAAAAAAAGAAAAACCAAAAUGCAAAAAGUGAACUAAAAAGUCUGUGUGAUGAAAAGCAGAACAUGUUGGCUCGGGAGAAAACAAAGAAAUUUGCUCUUUGCUUAACAUUAUAAUUGUUAUUGCUAUAAAUUUGUACUUUUUACAUGUUGUUGAAAUAAAAAUGCAAAAAAAAAGCCUUGAA